AUGCAUCAUGGACGUACGGGCGACUUCCAUGACCAUGCCAAUGCGGCGCUCAGCAAUCCCAUUUUGCUGUGGAGAGGCCGGAAGCGUGAAGGUCUGGCGGAUGCCUCGUGCACAACAGUAGGCUCGCAGAAGGCCAGAGGAGAACUCUCCGCCUCUGUCAGAGUGCAGACGCAGAACAAGAAAGUCCGAGCCGAAGCUCUGCCUGAGCUGGAGACGAGCUGCGCGGAUCUAGUCGAUCAACACUCAGUGACAUCACCCUUGCUGCGCAAGGGGAGGACUGUGGUCGUACCACUCACGGAGCUGCUGAGGGGGGGGGAUUGUCACGAGUGCGCUACAACAUGCUUGCUGCUGGUGCUGAUCACCACCGAGCCGACCCUCUGCGCAGCGCCACCCGACCAGCUCCGCCUCCUCCGCCGGCCGCCGUCCUCCUCCGCCGCCACCUCCGCCACCUCCUCCCCCACCGCCACCGCCGCCUCCGCCUCCGCCUCCACUGCCGCCACCAGACACCUCCACCCCCGCCACCACUCCCACCACCACCCCCACCCCCUCCACUGCCGCCACCGCCACCUCCGCCAAGCCACCUCUAGCGCCCUUGCACCCCUUGGCCAUUGCCCGGUGCGGCGUCUCCCGCUCAGGGCAGACGCAGCGCCGACCGACUCGAGACCAACGAGGUCGGCCGCAGCAGCAGAGGCAACAGAGGGCAAAAGGGGGGAGGGGGAACACCCCUCAAAGACGGGGGUGCGAGGGUCACCACGAGAGGCUCCUACAAGCGACUAUGCUCUUCUAUGCCGCUAG